AUGACCAUGAAGAAAGCCGAGAGUACCUACAAGAUGGAUAUGCAAUACGACGACGAGCAGGAGAUCCCACAGGCUAACGUGGAGAUGACGCUGGAGACACCAGUGGAGCAGGUGAAGAUUGGCCAUGACUUCCAGAUGGCUGUGGUCUUCAGGAACCUGAGUGAAGACACACGCAUCAUCCGUGGCUUCCUGGUGGGCUCCACAGUCUACUACACUAACAUCCAAAGAGCUCAGUUCAAGCAGGAGAGCUUUGACGUCACUCUGAACCCCAUGGAGUGUGAGUGGAAACCGGGGUGACCCUUUACAUACGUACUGUACUGUAUGUCUUUAUAGGCUUGAGAAUGUCUCCAUGUAUCACAACUUUGUACGAUAGUCCUGCAAAGCUUUCAGACCACUCCUCUGAAAUAAAAUCCUCAACUGCUUAUAGGAAAUGCUUUACUUUACAGUCCUUAGAGAUUUAUGUUACCAUCCUGUUUCAGCAGGUAUGUGUGUAUGUAUUGUAUUGUAAGAGAUUGUGAGGUAAUGAUGGGAUACUCUCCAGUACGUACUUCAAAAGGCUUUACAGGUAACAACCUGGUAUCAAAUGGUAAGCAACGGUGAAUCCCGAAUAUUCAAAAGAUUAUUAUAAAAGUGAUAUGCAGACAAACAUACUAGAGUUUUAUUAGAGUAUUAUAGUUAGUAUUAGAGUUUUCCUGUUGCUGAUUGAAUUUGUCCGGUUCGGGUUUAUUGUCAAAACUCUUUCUCCCUGUGACCAACAGUGUCGAGGGUGCAGGUGGUCGUGCUGGCCCAGAAGUACAUGCCCAAGCUGGGUUGCCAGUCCAAUCUGCGCUUCAUGGUGACAGCCAAGAGCAUGGAGAACAACCAGGACAUGACGGCCAUGCAGAUAGUGAACCUGGAAGGCCCCGAGCUGGUCUUUUCGGUGGGUCUGGAAGUUCCAUUAGUCCUCUUUAUUAGGAUGUAUUUCCUUAUUCCCUUAAAGGGAUAGUUCCCCCCCCCCCCCCCAAAAAAAACCAUUUUGGUUUCCUUACCCUGUCAGCAGUAAUUUGGUGACAGUGGCCAGGUAAACAAAACCAAAUCAUGGAUUGCUCUCUUACGUUGUUCCAUAGACUGCUGACAUGGAAAGAAAAACUGAUCGGUGACAAUAUUAGCUUAUAUCACUUGUGAAUUAUAUAUUAUCACUUGUGAAUGAUGCCCAGCGUAAGGCAAGAAACAAUGCCUUUUUUUUUGGACUUCUUCUAAUCAUAGUCAAACAUCUCAUGUAGCCUAGCCCAUAAGCCUAUAUGUUUUGAAAAGGUUUGUAUCACAACUAAUGUGGCCAAAUAACUUCUUAAAAUUAAGCACAUUAAUCCGCUUUACGGUGAAUCCCGAAUAAUCAAAAGAUUAUUAUAAAAGUGAUAUGCAGACAAACAUACUAGAGUUUUAUUAGAGUAUUAGAGUUAGUAUUAGAGUUUUCCUGUUGCUGAUUGAAUUUGUCCGGCAACAUUAUAAAAUGCACCUUUAUAAUAAAAGCAUUACAUGCAUAAUCGCAUUUGCGGUCACUUUUGAUAAUGGUGUUUUCCCGCUAAUGGAACAUUGCCGUGUGCGCAUUGCUGCGCUUAUAAUGUGAAGAAAUAGCCUAAUAGUUUAUCAAAAGUUUAAGCUAAAGGUUCUGAUCUGUUGCGUCAGGCUCAUUGCGUAAAAACAUUUUUUUUAAUGCUAGUUGUUGUCUUAAUUUGGGAUCUAUCGCAUCCCACAACUGUCCCAGACAAUGUUUGGAAUAUUUAUUUCUCGCACAGAAUAGGUCAACUUCUGUACUAUGGGGGAUAGUAGAUUGUCAUAGGCUAGUGCUUUUGCUGUUUGUUAGGCCUACCUGGCUGACGAAAAGUAAAUGUGGACAGUUCUUCCAAUAUCUUCACCUCGGAAUUGGAUAAGGAUGCACGCAGUUUUGUCCCUGAUGUGUCUGUCUUCACUUGUAGCCUGUGAGAAAGACCCGAUCACGUGAUUGAGAGCGAUGUGAGUGAGAGGUGCUUCAGAGUAUGCAGCACUCAUGGAGAAGAGAAUUAUAAUUAUUAUAUUUAGCCCAAGGGCACAACUGCCACUGGCCGCAAAAGGCAUGGAUUUGUUUAGGGUGCAUUACGGCCACACAAAGGGGAUGCCGCCAGGAAAUUCGAGGCAUUAUCAAGUGCUUGUCAAAUUGUGAAUGAGAGACAGAUGGAGUGUGUACAGCCUGUGCAAAAAACAAAGCAGAGCUCAUGCCUUUCACGUGACUUUUUUCAAAUCAUCAUUAGAGUUGCAUCAUGCAGCCUUACAAUGUAUUAAAAUUCAAAACAUUUAGCCCAACAUUUGUAUCACAACUAACGUUACAUAAAUAACUCUAAAUUAAGCAUAUAGGAGGAACUAUUUCUUUGUUAACCGCUCAACACAGAAUAGCCGCAUGUGCGCACUCCUUCAAAUCGUUUGGAAAAAAUAUCCUUUCUAUUUUAUUCAGCUUUGUUCAAUUGUAUUCUACAUACUAUAAAAUAACCAAAUUCAUACUAACCAAAUCUUGUCUGCUAAAUGAACUAGUGUAGCCCACAGCCAUAGCCAGAUCAGAACCUAACAUAAGGACAACUCAGAGUAUGCUAUUCUGUUCUUCUAAAAUAGACUACAUUUUCUUCACAUCAUGUUUCUUUAUACCUGACUGAAAUAAAGAAUGCAUUUAUUGUGAAGGUGUAUUUUUAUUUUUUAUUUGUAUUUAACUAGGCAAGUCAGUUAAGAACAAAUUAUUAUUUACAAUGACUGCCUACCCCGGCCAAACCCGGACGACAUUGGGCCAAUUGUGCGCCGCCCUAUGGGACUCUCAAUCACGGCCGGAUUGUGAUACAGCCUGGAAUCGAACCAGGGUCUGAAGUGACACCUUGUGACGCCUAGCACUGAGACGCAGUGCCUUAGACCGCUGCGCCACUCGGGAGCUUACACCUAUUAGACCUUUUAUAACGUAGAUGUUCCAAAGUUCUGCAUCAGUGGCUUGUAGGCUAUGUGUGGAAGCCAGGAGAUGCUAAAUGUGUUUAUGUUAAUUAAAGGUCAAUUACCAUUAGACUGGCAGUUAUUUGCUUGACGAUCACCGGCAGAUGACAUUUUGUGAUCGCCACAGCCUUAGUAGUGUACCCAAUUAAAGCCUUACUUGUGCUGCUAGAAAGCUGCAUCUCUCCUCGCCUUUGAUCAAGCAGACAUUCCAAAAACCAUCCAUGCAGCCAACGCAGUGGAGUUGAUAAUCCCCAGAUCAUUAUCAUUUAUUAUAUGACCAUAGAUUGUUGUGAUGUACUAUCUCUAUUUGAACAGAUGAGUGGACCAGCGCAGGUGAACCAGGAAGUAGUUGUCAAGGUGGAGUUCACAAACCCAUUUCCAUUCAGCCUUCAUGACGUGAGGAUGGCCAUGCAAGGGCCUAAUUUCAUGUCAUACCGGGAAAAGUUGUACAGGUAACAGGAUUUACAACUGCAAGAUCUCACAUCAUGAUGAUGUUCACACUUACAUUAACCUCACAUUCACAAAAACAGAGCCAAUAUGGUAUAUUUAGUAUGCCAAUCUGUGUGUGUGUGUGUUUGUAGUGAGAUCGCUACCGGCGCCUCCAUCUCCUGGAUGGAGUCAUGUGUCCCUACGAGGUCUGUGGAUACAAUGAUCUAUGCUGUCCUGGACUGCUCGGUCCUUGGGAAUGUGCAAGGCAAUUGGGCCAUCUGCGUCCAGGCCUGA